GACUUGACUUUUGGGGGGACACUCCAGCUCUACAACCUCCAUGGGCCAGACGGCCCUGGCAGGGGCCAGCAGCAGCAGCAGCAGCAGCAGCACCACUACCACCACCCCUAGCCCAGGGGACCUGUACCCCGACCUCUCGAGUCCCAAGGGCUUGGAGGAGCUCUUGUCGGCUGCUCCUCCUGACUUGGGGACCCAGCGGCAGCACGGCUGGAACCCCCAGGACUGCUCAGAGAACAUCGAGGUCCAGGAAGGGGGGCUGUGUUUUAAACGGCGGCCUGUGGCCCAGAGCACCGAUGGGGCCCGGGGCAAGAGAGGCUACUCGAGGGGCCUGCACGCCUGGGAGAUCUGCUGGCCCCGGGAGCAUAGGGGCACCCACGCCGUGGUGGGUGUAGCCACCGCCCUGGCACCCCUGCAGGUUGACCACUACACGGCCCUGCUGGGCAGCGACAGGGAGUCGUGGGGCUGGGACAUUGGGCGGGGGAGGCUCUAUCAUCAGAGCAAGGGGCCCGGGGCCCCCCACUAUCCUGCUGGACUUCAGGGGGAGCAGCUGCAGGUGCCAGAGAGGCUGCUGGUGGUCUUGGACAUGGACGAGGGCACUUUGGGCUACGCUAUUGAGGGGACCUACCUGGGACCCGCCUUCCACGGACUCAAGGGCAGGACCCUUUAUCCUGCAGUGAGCGCGGUCUGGGGCCAGUGCCAGGUCCGCAUCAGCUACUUGGGAGAAAGAAGAGCUGAACCACACACCCUCCUGCAUCUGAGCCGCCUGUGUGUCCGCCGCGCCCUGGGGUGUACCCGGCUGGGCCAGGUGUCUGCUCUGCCCUUGCCCCCUGCCAUGAAGCGCUACCUGCUCUACCAGUGACCCCUGGGAUACUGAUUGUGAAGCCUUGACAUCACCCUUCUUCCCUAGGGGAGACAGGGAAGAGGUUGGGUACUUCCGCCACAUCUCAGCUCCAACCACAAGGAUGGAAGGGAAGGAA